UUUUUUUUUUCUCUUUCUGACUCACUUUUGUAGUCAAAGAGUAAACGAAACUCAUGAUGGAACUUGAUAUUGAUCUUAUGGAAGAUAUUCUAGCACGCGUAGACUGGAAAAAUGGAAUUCGACCUCUUGGUGAUCUUGCGACUGAAGCCUGUUUUGUACAAAAAGAAAUGCCUGUUAUCAAACGACUCAUAGGAACACCUUCAAUUUCGAUAUUAGUGACUCAAAGUUCUUGGACAAAUAAUCUAGUACAUAAUGGUGUUCUUUCUAAUCUCAAUGACGAUACAACAAUGCAUGCUUUAUCUGAACUUCAUUUACUCUUUCAUACUCGUCAACAACAACCUGGUCACCGUACGUUGCAUCAUUUGCAUUUGGACUCUCAAGCCUAUUUCUCUGUCAAUCAUAUUCUACGUCCUACCAUCAAGUUUCAAAAGGCCCUUGACUCCGCUAUUGCUCACCUCCCUCAUGAUCAAGAUCGGGCAUGGCAAGAACUCUGUAAAGUAUGGCAUGAUUUUGGAUUCCUCUGGCCUCAAAAGUUAAUCCUAGGUCAACGAUAUCAUGUGAAACAUAGUUAUCAAGUCAACAAUGAUGCAGAACGCGUUUAUCAAUUACAUGUUGCCAAAGAUCAUACCACUGCAUUACUUGAUAUGAAAUUACGAAAUAACCAAGUAUUGCCUCAAAUAGAUUCUCAUCAUUCACAUCUGACUAUGGAUCAUUUGGACUCAAACAAGAAAAGAUUACGACGAUUAGUUAGUUCAUGGAAAGUCAUCAAGAGGGACGAUAUUCGACCAAUCUACGAAUUCCUACCUUCACCUAUGCGUGAUUCCAUUCAUCAAUUGAUCAAGAUUUUUGUCCAUCGAAUACCAAUCAAUCACCCUUUCUUGCUCCGGAGUGUGAGUACAAAUGGAUAUCUUUGUUGGCGAUUGAAUCGAAAACAACUCAUCAACAACAACAAUAAUAAUAAUGUCAACUCCUCAUCUCAGUACACCAAUGAUUCCCCAUCUUCUUCUUCUACUAUUCCCAUUUUACCAACACCAACAACAGCAGUGGCAACAAAAAUCAACAAUGAAUCUCAUCGACAAACAGCACCUGUUCUUUUCUCAACUCUUUCUAUGGAUUUGAUGGAUACUGCCAAUAGCUCUUGUAUUUGGCAAUUCAACGAUAAAUCACCUCCAUCUCCCUCAGCGGAUAAUCACUCCUCAGCAACAACAGCAAUAGCAACAGCAACAAUGCCAACCACCAAAUACGUUCGAUGUGGAAAUCAACUCUACUUGUUACCUUAUUUAACGCCCAAUAUCCAUGUGCCCGUUCUCAAUAAAAACAUGGUCUUGACUCGCUCGCCCUAUAUGGUAUCUUCAUCUCUAUCCGACAACAACAGCAACAGUUCUCCAUCUCGUGGUUGGGAUCCUUAUACUGAAAAGGCAUCUCGUGUACGAUCUCUAGAAUUAUUGGACAUGACAUCAUCAACUCAACAACCUUCACAACACUAUUGGACUUUGGAAACACCUGAUCUUGGACUUGAUUUGGAUGAUGAUAUUUCAACAGAUGGUCAUCUCAACGUAGAUAUUGCGAUAGGAAGACAAAAACCAAUUUUGGAUCGAGAAAUCAUCUCACUUCGACAAGUUCUUUAUCUAUGUUCAGUACAAAAUCAACUACCGCAAGCAACAUCCAUUCAUCCUUCCAAACGUCGAUCUGCUCAUGAUGCAUCACAUUCACCACCAAUUGUUAUUCCUUCACCCGUCCCUCCAGCCGCUGCAGGUGUUAUGGCCAUGGUACAGAGUAUUUCCUCCGGUGAUGAAGACGAUGAAAGAGCACUUCCUAACACUACUGAUACCGAUGUUGCUAGGGGACACGAUAGCCUUCCUUCUACUUCUUCUGCUAUUCACAAAACGGGGAAUGGAAAGCAUACUAUGACAGCUAACAACAUUGUACCAUCAUCGUCCUCAUCAACAUUACCCCUUGGUUCUACAACUACAAACACAAGCCAGACAACACUGCCUUAUUACAACUUGUAUUCCUAUACCGUCUUGCCACAAACAGUAACGUCCAAUAUCUCCACAUCCUUUUCACCAACUAAUUCUUCUUCUUUGGCGUCGUCUCCAUACCAACAACAUCUCCAUCCAGUUGUGGCCAAGGAACAUUCAUUGAUAAACGGUCUUGAAGAAUCUUAUUGGGUGAUUGAACUUUUACCAAAAAACAUGGGUAACAACAACGAUCAAAAAUCACGACAGAAAACUAGAUUGAAUACAUCUCCAUCCCAAGGUCAUCAUCAACGGAAUAAAGGCAAAAACAAGGAUCUUGGAAGACAAAUCAAUACUAUCACUACCAAUUCCACUGCUAGGCCGACCUUCAGUAACAAAAAUGAUGAGAACGAACUUUUAACAACAAAACCUAGGGUGAUCAAAAUGGUGAUGAGCUCUGAUACUCUACGCGAUGACGCCCAGAUAGGAAUCAAUGCUGAUGAUCAGAACGAUAAAAAAUCGAUCAGGCGUGUACAAUCCUAUUCAUCUGUACAACAACAUUAUCGACAACAAUAUCAACAUGGAACAACAAGUUUGGAAAGAAAUGAACAUAAACAAGAUAAUCAUCGGUCUCAAGGUAUUUUGGAGAACAAUGUUAAGAUCAAUAUGCAACCUUAUCUCCGACUAUAUGCUUCCAAAAGAAAUAACAAGACCUUGUCUCAUUUUAUCAAGAAUUCCACAUUAGCCAAUUUGAAACGUUGGUUGAAAUCACAGUAAUAGUAUGUAUUUUAUUUAUUGGAUUUUAUGUUUAGUUUUUUCUUUUUGAUUUUCGUUUUUAUUUUUAAAGCCAGACGUGGCAUCAAUAAAGAUUUCCUUUUUUUUUUUUU